AUGUCGACUGAGAUAAAUAAGGAAACGUUGCUUAGCUAUAAAGCAGUUAAAUCAUUUAGAGUUGCUGAGAAGGAGAUAGCACCUGUGACGUCUAUAGAUUUUGAUGAUCAUGGCCAGUAUUUGUUGAGUUCUUCUGCUAGUGAUACGAUGCAUUUGUAUGAUGCGGUUGGGUUUAGAUUUUUGAAUUCUAUUGGUUCAAAGAAAUACGGUUGCCAUUCUGCUAAAUUCACACAUGCGCAGAAUGAGUGUAUAUAUUCUUCUACAAUGAAAAGUUUUGAUAUUAGGCAUUUGAAUCUGGAGACGAAUCAAUAUAUAAGGUAUUUCACUGGCCAUGGUGCUUUGGUUAGCGACAUUGAAAUGUCUCCCCUAGAGGAUGUUUUCCUAUCGGCUUCUUACGACGAGUCUGUUAGGUUAUGGGAUCUAAGAGUUUCAAAAGCACAAGCUAUAGUGCCUAGUAUUGUUCCUAGUUGUAUUGCAUAUGAUCCAAGUGGAUUGGUUUUUGCAUUGGGUAAUCCCGAAAAUUUUGAAAUUGGGUUGUAUAAUAUUAAAAGUUUAAAAAAUGGACCAUUCUUAGUGAUAAAAGUUAAUCCAGAGUUCAACCAAUGGACGAAACUAGAGUUUUCUAAUAAUGGUAAGUACCUCCUUCUAGCAUCAUCUUGCGGGAAACAACUAAUCAUUGACGCGUUCGAUGGUUCGCAAUUGUUCGAGCUUUUAGGAACAAAACCAUUUCCUUUAAGAGAAUUUAUGGAUUCAGGUUCUGCCUGUUUUACACCAGAUGGUCAAUACACACUGGCUACAGAUUACGAUGGUAGAAUAGCUAUUUGGAAUCAUGGUGAGUCUAUUAGUGGGAAAGUUUUAAAACCUCAAGGUUAUAUAUCAGCCGUACCGGAUUCUAGUCCAAGGACAAUUGCAUUCAAUCCAAAGUAUUCUAUGUUUGUUACUGCAGAUGAAAAUGUCGACUUCUAUGCAUUUGGAACUAAUUGA